AUGGAGAACAAGAGAUGGUUGAACAUAGUAGUUGAUGGCAACAAAGUUAUGGAGCAGUAUUGGACUGAUAUUGUUUCAAACUAUCUUGAAAAAAUUGUCAGGUGCUUCAUUGGUGAAAGACAAGACCAUGAAAAUUAUCUUGGACUAGUAUUUUAUAAUGCAAACUCUGAACUAGUGGAAGCAGGCUAUGACAUGCAAUUCAUAAACUGGACAAAAGAUGUGAAUAAAUACAUGCAAAAUUUGUCACAUUUAUCAUUCAAUGGAAAUGAUGUUAAUCAAUCUAGCUUGGCAGAAGGUUUAGCAGAAGCUCUUGUGAUGUAUCCAAAGCCAUGUGAUAGCAUGACAGAAAGAGAAUACUACACUGCAGAAAGACAUUGUAUUCUUGUUGCUCCAGGUGAUCCUGUUCCUAAGACAAUGCCUGUCUGUGUGCCAAUGAUUCAAAGAGCUCAAGUUAUUGGUCAAAGAUUACAGGCUUGUCACAUCGAUUUUCUCGAGGUCGCCAAAAAAUGUGUUCCGCUAGCUGUGUCCCUCUCAGUGAUAACUCCUAAUCCAGUUCCAAUUUUUGGAGCCAUAUUUAACUUGGGAAAUAAUGUAUUAACAUUAUCAAAUGCUCCAAUCUCAAGCUACAGCACUGGAAAAUUCACAAUUUUACUGUCAAAAAACUUUAGAGAAGCACACAAAGCACUCAAAGAAAAAAGAAUAGUGGAAUUUCCUUCAACAAGUGCUGGAUCCAUUAAUACAGCACUUGAUUCAUCACUUUUCAGUGUUCUCAAUUUCCAAGAAGAAUCCUUAUCAUCUCAGGCAAUAGGAGCGAAAAUAAGCGAAGCUUGCAAUGAUUUAACACCGGAGAGUGUAAGCGCCUCGCAACCUCUCGAUUAUCAGGAAUUGAUUUUUCCGAAUGGCACGGCCCAGGCGAAUGUGGCAUCCACUAACUCUCAAGUUCAAGUAAAUCUAUUAGAAGAUAUCAUGGCCGAGCUUAAUAGCGAUAACGAUAUUUUUCCACCGACGAAAAGGUCGAGAACAUUUACACCAUUAGAAGAAGACAAUGAUCUGAUAAACCUUUUGGAACUCAGUGAGAACCCUUUUGAUGAUAUCAACCAUUCUCUUGGACACGACCAAGGAGUGUCGUUCGGAAAACAGUUUUCGUCUGAAGCUCUAAUAGAAUUUGAAAAUGAACUGGAAAAAGCUCUGAAUGUUGCUUCCCAUAAUACACCAGAUAAUCAAACAUCAAAUGUUGAAUUGACAGCAAGUUCAUCAAAGGUAGUAAACUUUACGCCUUUCGAAGUACAAGCUCCUGUUCCAAAUACAGGAGAAGGAUCAUCAACAGGACUGUUUUACCAAAACAAUUUACAAUCAUGGUAUGAUCCGAGCGCGAUAACAACGAACAAAUCAACAUUGGAUUCUUCUUCUCAAUUCCAAGCUAGUGUUCCCAAUAUGACUUUCGCAUUUCCUUGUGUAACAAGAAACUCACAGAUGCAACCUCAACCAUACUCAUCAUCAACAAGUCAGUUAACAAUGUUUCCUAGUCUUGCUAGAGAAUCAAUCGGAAACUUUUCCGCCCAACCUACGGGACAACACUUUCAACCCUACAACCAGUAUAUGAGGAAUAAUAUGGCUCCGUUAAAUUUACCUUCGCGUGCGUUUGGAGCAAAUACUUGGAUUCAUUCUGCACAAACCAUAUCUCCGUCGUUUCAAAACUUGAACUCAAAUUUGUAUGUCCUCCCGUCCCUCGACAAUUUACAAGACUACAUUCAUACUUGGGAGGGAAAUUUAACAGGAAAAAUAAACUCGAGCCGAGUAACUGUCAUUAAAGCAAGGGCUUUCCGAAAAACAUCAACAGCACUCACGCUAACUCUUAGGUGGAGUAACAGGUUGGAGAUAAGCCACUUGAUACCUUUUAAGGCUGUCAACCAUACCAAAAAAUUUUCACAUCCAAUAGAUAAUGUCAUCUUCCAUGUGCUUAAGUACAGCAAUAUUGAUUUGUACAAGCACUUGAAAAGCAGAUUUUUGUGUGCUAAAAUUGAUCUACAAUACCAAUCAAUAAUUCUGUCACCAACUGAAAGAGAAAACUUCUUUGUUGGAACAGUUUUUCCUGGGGACACAUUGUUCAUAGAACCUGCUUAA